AAAAGGUUGGCAACACUAAAAAAGUAAACAAAACACUGCGAAUUUCGCAUCGCAGCUGAAAAAACGAAGUACGAGAUGUUUAAAUUGGAAGUUUCAAUUUAUUCUUCAAACAAAUGGGUUGUAAAAAAUUUCUUUGAUGUUACUUAGCGGUUGUUUUCUAUGUAAACUUUUUUUUUCACUUUGUUUCUUGUUCUAUUAACUGAAAACUAUGGCUCUCAUUCACAAAAUAAUGAGCGUUACUGUACUUCUCUUGCUAGCAUGGAUGUCUGUUGGAAUUGUUAUGUACAGAACUUCAUCAAAUAAACUGAAUGAUGUAUUUGAGGAAAGUACAGAAUUGUUUAGAAUUCCACUUUCCCCUAGUGAGGAAAUAGAGGCCUGCAGAGCUAAUAAUCGAAAAUUGAGUCCUAAUUUUUGGAAAAAGGUGAAUCUGCGCAAGGAAAAAAUCCCUGAAGAAAUCAAUGAAAUGAUGUCUGCAAUGGUGGUUCAAUCAGACUUUAUUGAGGUUGAGGAUUGUGAUAUUCAUAUUCUUUAUGCAAAACCAGCAAGUUCUAAUCGUAGCAUAUCUGUUUUGCUACUACAUGGUCAGUCUUACAAUUCAGAAACCUGGAAUACACUUGGUACUUUGAGAAAUUUAGCAGCUUUUGGGUACUAUACAGUUGCUGUUGAUCUUCCAGGGUUUGGACGGAGUGCUGCUAUUAACGAUCUUGAUAGAGGCCAAUUUUUGACUGAAGUCAUUACUGCACUAGAUCUCAAAAAACCUGUAAUAGUAAGCCCUAGCAUGAGUGGAGCCUUUUCUCUCAAGUAUCUAUUAAAUAAUUCUGACAAGAUGGCCGGCUUCGUUCCUGUUGCACCCGUUAGUAUGAGCAUCAUUGAUGACAGCCCAUGUUCCAUUGAUGAUGAUGACGUGCUUCAGGAUGAAGAUUGUCAAAGAAUCAUGCACUAUUUAAAGAAGAAACCGAGGUUGAACUGCAUUAAGGUACCAUCUUUAAUUGUAUGGGGUGAAAGAGAUCGUGGAACUAACUCUGCAAAGUUAUGUCAACUUCCAAAUGGCCAAGGGGCUGAGAUCCCAGAAGGAAAGCAUUCAGCUUAUUUAAGCAAUCCAAACCUAUGGCACAAGCUUCUGUAUAAUUUUCUAAACAUUGUUGAUGAAACUUUUGCAUGUAGAUGAAAGUUUAAACAAAAAUGUUUGGUGCACCUGAUAAUGCUAUGUAGUCAAGAAAUCUCAACACCUGUAAAGUUUAUAUUGUUGAUAAAACUUUUUUAUGCAA